UUUUUAUGCAUUUUCCACUUCUAGCUUCAAGAGAAUUUUCCUAGAACGCUGCAUUAACUUAUAGGCUAAAUUGUGAACCCAGAGUGACCAUGUUUGUGCUUUAGGGCUAUGCAGGGCACGAAACAUUAAUUUGUGCAGCAUAAAUGACAAACUUUCGCGGCAGCAGAAGAGCAAACGAUAAACUGGUAUUGAUAUCGAUAAGCCCGGGUGGUUCUGUUGUGCUACAGCAGAGUCAAGAGUCGAUGCAUUACAUCUAUGCUUUAAUCAUGAAUAAUUGAUUAAGUGAUCAAGAUUUUCUAAAGAUCAACUCCUAGAACCUAAAGGAAGGCGGUAUAGCUAGCACUUAACAUACUGUAUAACUAAAACUCAUCGCUGGGAAGGAAAAGCCAGAAAUUAGGAAAUCGUAUCUGUUCUUAACAAAAAUGGCUGAAUACCAAUAGCGAUAUGUGAAAGCCAGACCAGCCGCAAUGAAGUUUGUGUACGUGUUUCUUUUCCUGGUAGCAGCUUUGUUAUCUUGUAAUGCGUUAAACAAAGCAACGAAGAACACGGUUCAGCAAAUUAGUCAAAUCUCAAAACGAGUGCUAAAAGCAAUUCCAUUAAAAGGAAAAACAUUGCCUCUGCAAAAAACUCAAGCGAAGGUAGAAAGGCCUAAACAAAACAAGGCAUCAAAUGCAAAAAGAUGGAUGCCAGCUAAAAAGAAUAAUGUCAAAUACGUCGCGAAAAUUGCAAAUAACAAGAAAAGAUGGAUGCCGGCAUUUGCUGAGAUGGCUCAGAAUGAUAUGGAGAGUACUAUGAUGUUUGAUACAGGAUUUGUAAGUAGUGAUCCACGGUCAAGUUUCCAGGAGGCUCAACAACAGCACGCCGGUGAGUUCGGCCUACCACAAACCGAAGCAGCACAGCAAGGCCUUCCUCCAGAGCAAAGUUUUCUUACCCCCGGCAACAAUGACCAAGAAAUUGGUCUACCAGGGCAAGCAGUUGCUGGUCGAACACAAGAUAACCAGUUUCAAGCGUAUGGAAAUGAAAUCGAAUCGUUCACUAAGGAAGGCUUAGACGGGGGUACAAAUUCAAUGUUUAAUAAUUUUGAUGGCUUUCAAGAAUCUGCACUAAACAGCCCUAAAUAUCAAGAAGGGGAUUUCAUAGGAGGGCCAACGAUCGACAGUUCUGAAGGUAAACAAGCAAAUUUGUACGAUGCUUUUACGCUAGCACCUGGAAUGGCAGAGAAUUUUGUAAACCCCGUGAAGGAGAACAACGGUGAUUCCAAAGUAUCAGGAGACGGCAAAAAAGAUAAAAGUAAAGAUGAAAAGAAAAAGAAUGCGGAAAAAGAAAACACAAAAAAGGAAGAAGAUGAAGAAAAAUCAAACAAGAAAGAAGAGAAGGAAAAAUCAAAAAAGGAAGAGGAAAAAGCAAAAGGAAAGAAUGAAUCAAAGGAAGGGAAAAAGGGUGAAAGCAGUGCGAAGAGCGAAGCCAAGGCGAUUUCAGGAGCCCAAAAGGAGAAUGUAGAGAGUGAAGAUACAAAAGAGGCUAACAAUGACGAGGAAUCUGGUAAGGAGGCCAAAGGUCCAGGGGAUAAGUUAGAAAAUGCUGAGAAGGAGCAAAAAGAUGAAAAGGUUAAAGGAAAGGAGGGAAAAGCUAAGAGUUCGGCGGCAAAGGAGAAGAAUGUGAGUGAGACAAAAUCCAAGGAGGAUAGCGAAAAAGACGACUCACGUGAAAAAGAUGACAAGGAGCAGAACGGCAAAGCAAAUUUUGCAAACAGUGAGAACGAAUCAGCACAGGUAGAGAAAGAAGAAGAAAGGGAAAAGAUGAAACAAAUGAAAAAGAAGAUGCAGACGACCAAAGUAAGCAGAAAGAAAGUAAAAAUCACAAAGUAA